AUGCUUGCCACAAGUGCUUCAGACAAAAACAAUAAAGAAGAGACGAAACGACUUAAACUGGAAUUGGAAAACUUGAAGAAACAAGAGGAAACGGUGCGAGACAUUUUGAAAUUGGAAAGGCAAAGACAGGAUGAAGCAAUGAAUGAAAAAAAAGCGGCUCUUCAAACUUACAAGGACCAAUUCGAUGCAACUGGGCACGUUGGGAGGAUGUGGGGCGCUGCCGGCAUUGAUAUUCUCAACAAUGUCGCAGGACUCUUUAUGAGUUCGGCGGGAAAUGCACUUGCUGGUCGAGUCGCACAAACAUCGAAAGUGGCUUUUGGAGCUGCAGAGGCGACAAAGAGCGGUACCGCCGCUGGCGCUGAGGCAAAGAGUGGUUCCAAAGCUGUGGAUGCUCAAAAGACCGAAGGAGCAGAUGGUGAUCAAGCCGGCAACUCCGAAGGAUCGGAUUCAAUUUCAAACGGACUAUCAGCGGUGACAACUCUGGCAAAACAAGAUCUCAUAAAGUUGAAACAUGCUGAGCGCAACUUGGCAAGAGCGAACGCAAAUGAGAAGGCGCAACAUGAGAAAAGUAUCAAGAAACAAGAAGAGCUUGGAGAAUUGAUUCAAAAAAUGCAGUUGCACAACGUGGAAAUGGCGGAUUACGAGAAAGUGCUCCCAAUCAUGGAGGAGGCCGUGCGGCAUCUAACUACUGUUCGUAAACAAUGGCGGGACAUGAGCUCAUACUUUCUUUCAAUGAAAGAAGUCAUUGUUAAUGCGAUACAAAAGAAAAAUCUGCCUCAAGAUAUCAUCGAAGAUUUUGAAUUAUCGGAGGACAAGCUCCUUGAGGCGGAGACAGCCGAAACACUUCUGCGCCUUGUCGGCUAUUGUAUUCAAGUGGAGAAUGCAGCCAACUUGUACAUAAAAGUCUCCACAAAUUACAUUUUCCCGGUGCUUGGACGUCUCGGGUCUCGAUUUACUCUUAAAAUCAACGAAGUGAAGGAUGAACAAAAGCAAUUUGAGGCUCAAUACAACAAGACAAUGGACGGCGUGAGGGAUUUUGUGAAUGUAGAGAAGAAGAACCUUGAAAGUCGCUUUCAGGAACAAAUGGCCACUUACACAAAAAGUCUUUCUGGCUUUAUUAUUUGGCAUCGAAACUCUUCUUUCCAAGAACUGUUAUUUGAGGGAUCGGCAAAGAUGUUCUGGGCCUCAUUGCUUAUCCCUCUUGGCCACAUUGCUCUGGCUCAUCAACUUCAACAUUCGAAUCCCUUGAGUCAGAAAGCGUAUGAAACAUUGGAAGGAAUCCAUCGCAAUUACAUUUCCCAGAAAAGCGAUUUUGAUCAGGCUGAAGUUUCAUACAACAAGCUUGUUUCCGACGCACACGGAAUGGUCAUUUCAGAUGAAAUCUUCAAUAACAUCAACAAUUUGAUCUCUCGUCUUAGUUCAGAAAAAAACGAACUCGAAGGAUUCCUGGAAAAAGUUGGCAAUCAACGAUUGACCAUUUUGAACAAAAAAGAGGAACAAACACGUGAAAAGAAGCGACUAGAGAAUGAAGUAUCACAGAUGAGAAUGAGAUUGAAAACCCUUGACAUCAAUUACGAGAAUGAGCGUCGUUACUAUCAUCAGGUAAUAAACGAAUGCAACCAAGAGGUGGAGAGACGCAACGAGAUGAUUUCACAACGUGACACCGGAACGGGAAUGAUGAUUGGAGGCAUCAUUUUUCCGCCUCUGCUCAUUGCUGGUGCUGUGAAACACGGAAUGGCACAGAGUAAAUUAAACGUGUUGGAGCCAAGACUUGGCCAACUCUAUUCGGCACUCGAAAACUCUCGCUUGAAAUUCAACAGCUAUGUGAACGAAAUCAACGCGAAAGCCCAUGCCGUUGCACAGCUAGAAGAAACUACUGAAUAUUUGUCGGAUGAAGUGAUUCCGGCAAUUACGAUGGUCUUCACUCUGACGAAUGCAAUGCACGUCCAACUGAACGCAUGGAUUACCGAUUUGAGCGAAUCGAAAGCACGUGCGAUUCGACUUCGAAGCAACAUUGAUUUCGAUGAUGAUACACUUACCAGGAAAAGUCUCAGUGCACUACGAAACCGGCUGAUGAUGAAUUCAUGUGGCCAAAAAUGGCGUCAUUUUGACGGAUACUGCUAUCAUAUAUCAGAGAACGUACUCAACUGGGAUGAAGCUAACGAUUGGUGCAAGGGAAUGAACGCCAAUCUUGUCUCGAUUCACAACGAAAGAGAAAAUCGUUUUGUUUCAAGUUUGAUCCCUUGGACGGGGCGUGAUGCGUGGAUUGGUUUAACGGUUUGCAUG